AUGACUGAGAUACCUGCAAAACAGAUUACAGAUAAUGAUAUACUGAAGGAUGUCUAUAAAUCUCAAAAUAAGCAAUUUUCCAUAGAUGCCAUUGAUAUUCUUGAUCUCGAAGAACUAAAAGAUGUACAACGCAGGAAAAGGACAGAGUUUGAAGGCUAUUUGAAAAGGAAUAGACUGGAUGUCAAGCAAUGGAUGCGUUAUGCAGUGUUCGAAAUUGAACAGCAUGAUAUGAGAAGAGCAAGGUCUAUUUUUGAACGUGCACUUAGGGUACAUAUCAGCUAUGUUCCCUUAUGGAUAAGGUAUAUAGAAUCCGAGUUGAAGCUAGGAUAUAUCAAUCAUGCGAGAAACAUAUUAGAAAGGGCUAUUACUAAACUUCCACGUGUUGACAAACUAUGGUACAAGUAUUUAAUUGUAGAAGAAUCCUUAGCACACUUUGACAUAGUGCGCAAUUUAUUUCAGAAAUGGUGCUCUUUAGAACCGGCAGCUCACGUAUGGGAUUCAUUUACCGAUUUCGAGGUUAGACAAGAAAGGUAUGAAGAUGUGCGUAAUAUUUACUCAAAAUAUGUUCUUAUACAUCCUCAAUUUUCAACAUGGAGAAAAUGGAUUAAUUUCGAGGUAAGGUAUGGUUCAACCAAAACUGUCAGAUCGGUAUAUUCUCUGGCAUUGGAUGCAUUGAUUGCAUAUUCAGAAAGUCGAAAUGAAUUAGUUGACGACUGUAUUAAUUUAAUCGUGGAAUUUUCUAAAUGGGAGGCACUUCAGAAGGAGUAUAUAAGAUCAAAAUCCUUAUUAGAGAUCGCUAUUCAAAAAUGGCCUAAAUCUAAUACUUUAAAUAAUGCACUUCUUCAAUUUGAAAGAGAACAUGGAACGGCCGAAACUUUAGAGAAUACCAUCAUACUUAAUCGUAAAAAACACUAUGAAGAUAUUCUGAAUGAAAAAGUAUAUGAUUACGACACAUGGCUGUUGUAUUUGCAAUUACUUGAAAAUAAUUAUCCUAAAUUAGUUAUGGAGGCGUUUAGUAAUGUGCUAAAUGCGGCCAUUCCUACUAGUAGGACUAAAGACAAAUAUUGGAAGCAGUAUAUCCUGAUAUGGAUUAAAUACUUAACAUUUCUUGAGCUAACAAUUAAUGAUAUUCCCUUAUGUGGACAGAAAUUUGAAGAACUGAUCCAUAAUAUUAUCCCUAAUGAUGAUUUUACUUUUUCAAAAAUAUGGAUAUUAUACGCUGAGUUUGAAAUUCGACAAGAUAACCUGGAGAAAGCUAGAUCUAUUUUGGGUCGUUCGUUAGGACUAUGUCCAAAACGGAAGACUUUUAAGUAUUACAUUGAUCUGGAGACCAAACUUAGGGAAUUUGAUCGCGUUAGAAUAUUAUAUGAAAACUUUUUAAAAUUCGAUCCGCUAAAUCUCGAUACAUGGAGAGCCUAUGUAGAAUUUGAAGACAGUCUGGGAGAUGAAGUCAGGGUACGCAGUGUUUGCAUGAUUCCGAUUCAAAACAACAUUGGGCUGUUUUCAAAGUCAUUCCAGUUACAUCUGCUUGAAAUCUUAAUUGACUAUGAAAUGGAAUAUCAGAAUUUUGAUAAUAUUGAACCAUUAUUAAAAAAACAAGUAGAGCUGUCUAACUUUACCGUAGAAGCUUGGACUGAUUAUGCAAUGAAGAAAUUAACAGUUCCUACAGAGGAACAAGUUCAAAACUUCCAAAUCAUGAAAGAAGAAAGGUUGAAGGAUAGUAGUGCUUUAGAUGAACAAGAGAUCGAAUUUGAAUUUGAGAUUACUGAUAAUAAUAAAGAUAAUGCAAGAGAUGUUUUUGAAAGAGCUCUCAAUUAUUUCAAAGAAAUUAAGAGAGACGAAGAUAGAGCAAGAAUUUUACAAUCUUAUGUCGACUUUGAAGGACAGUAUGGUGAUAUAUCCAGUAGACAAAGAAUUGAAAAGAGAUUACCCUCUAUUGUAAAUGGCAUCAAAGAUAUCGACGGAUUAAAGACUCAGAAUAUUACAUAUACCUUUCCAGAUGAUGAAAAUAAAAGCAACAUUGACACAUCGAAUAUAUUAGCGCUUGCCCAUAAAUGGAAGGAGAGCCAAGAAGCUAAAUCCAGAUAA